CCUGAUAUGCCCAGCUUGGAUGGAAGAUACGAUACGCACUCUAUUUUGGCCAGUUGGAUCCAAUUGUGUCAUGAAAAUAUAAAGGGUCGAGAACUUUCCUUGCCAGUUGCCAACGAGUAUAGCUGGAUGUGACGGAAAAAAAAAGCGUCAAAAUCGGUUCUCGACUCACGUGGUCUGGCUCGAUUAUAGAAUAAAUUCGCUCCGCUGUCAUUUUGGCUUCGUCGGGGACUUCUCAUUCGGAUGUAGUGCACACAGCACACUCUGCACAUCGCCUCUAUCACUGAUCGUCCGUCCCCGCGCUGUGUAUGAACCAGUGCGUCAAAAAGCAACACUCAAUCACCUCUACUUGUUGAUUUUCCAGGACUUUGAACGAAACUAUGGCUGAAGAAGAAGUGACACUCCACGCUUCUGGCGAGGAUGAGGCGGGGCUUGAGGGCGGAGAGGAGCUCGACAAGGAAGUACUUGCGAUGCAAGCUCGCAUUCAAGAAAUGGAAGCAGAGGCACGAAAGCUACAGGAAAUGCAAGCACAAGUGGAUAAGGACAUGGGAUCGGCCAAUGGGGAGGAAAGCAAAGAAGACGUCGAUAGUCGAUCGAUUUACAUCGGGAAUGUCGACUACAGCGCGACACCAGAAGAUAUCCAAGCGCACUUCCAAUCUUGUGGGACAAUCAACCGUGUGACGAUCCUAUGUGAUAAGUGGACAGGACAUCCUAAAGGUUAUGCAUACGUUGAGUUCGCUGACCCGGCCAUCGUAACGAACGCCCUUGUGCUGAACGACUCGCUCUUCAAGGGAAGGCCCAUCAAGGUUACCGCGAAGCGAACGAAUGUUCCAGGGAUGCUCCGCGGUCGCGGUCGCGGUGGAUUCAGAGGCGGUGGGUAUAGAGGUUUCCGGGGUGGACACGGUACAUUCCGAGGGCGGCCAGGCUACAGGGGCCGUCGAGGGCACUUCGCACCUUAUUAGUGUCAUCUUUUAGAAGAAUGAGCUGUUACCGAUGCGUCUCUACGCAUCUUGCAACGAAAUAACCAUGAUUCCACUGUAUAUCUUCAACGCGUAAUUUGGCCACUCUUAGGCUCAUAAGUCGAAGCACUCUUGCAGCUCAAAACCAAUGCCACUAAGCUAGCAGAAUCUUCCAUCGCACGGUCAUAUCUACUUAGUCUAUCUAUAUUGGCCCCCAAUUGAUUUAAAGAAACGAGUUUGGUACAGUAACUUCUCGUUUAUUUCAACACCGUUGACCCUUGAAAUAAGCGAAAGUUGAAAUAUCUGAAAUCCUCCUCAU